AUGUACACUUUGCAUCUACAGUACUCCACUGUACUCCUCGACAGUCGACACAACCCUCCGCCGCUCGCUGAUCGACACUCCAAAAUUCUCCUCCCCGCCGGCGCCCUUCCCUUCCAACAACGGGAGCUCGGAUCCUCCUUUCUCCGGCCACUCAACCUCUCUAGGCGCAGGGAGGAUUUGAGGGGCUCAAGACAAAUUAUUUUCACAACCUCAAGACAAAUUGAUGUGGCUCAAUCCUGUUGCUCUAGUUUAGAAGGAUAUAUUCACAACAUUCAACCUCUAAGUGACGAGGACUCUCAGAAGCUGUUUUAUAAAAGGGUUUUCCAAAGUAAGCAUUGCUGCCCUCCCUACUUGGAAGAAGUUUCUCAUGCAAUUAUAAAAAAGUGCCAUGGUUUGCCACUAGCUAUAAUAACAAUAGCUAGUUUGCUAGCUAACAAGAAUUCGGAUGCAAAAGAGCAAUGGGAGCAAGUCAAAGAUUCUAUGGUUUCUAUACUCAAUGCACAAUAUGUUGGAGAUAUAUUGUUGCUUAGCUACUAUGAUCUUCCUUGCCAUUUGAAGACAUGCUUCUUAUAUCUCAGUGUAUUUCCAGAGGACUAUAGGAUUGAUAGAGAAGAAUUAAUACGGAUGUGGAUAGCUGAAGGCUUUAUCACUCAAGUGAAGGGACAAUCCUUGGAACAAAUAGGAGAAAACUAUUUUAAUGAUCUUAUCAAUAGAAGCUUGAUACAACCUAUUGAUAUGAUGUAUGAUGGUAGGGCUGGUGGCUGUCGAGUCCAUGAUAUGGUGCUUGAUCUUAUCAUAUCCCAGUCCACAGAACAGAACUUUACCACAAUAGUUGAAGGCCAUGCAUAUAAGUCCAAUAAAGUUCGCAGGCUCUCUCUUCAAUCCAGAUGUAUGGGAAACGGAGUGAUGCAGGAGAUUAUGGACAGGUGCUUGCAGAUCCGUUCACUUAUUAGCUUCCAUGAAUUAGAUAAGCAAACAUUUCAACUUUCAAAGUUCUGUUACUUGAGAGUAUUGGUUUUGGAAGAUGAGGAUUAUGGGCAUCUUGGCAACCAGCAAAUCAAGUAUCUCGGAAGCCUUAUCCAGUUAAAGUAUUUGAAACUCAAUUCUGCUGGUAUUACCAAUCUUCCAAAUAGAAUUGGACACCUACAGAAUUUGCAGACACUAGAUCUGAGUGGCAGUAUUAUAGAAAAAAUUCCACCAACCAUUGGUCGUCUGCAAAAUUUGGUUCACUUCCUUGUUGGUGGUUAUUAUGUGUAUUUUCCUGAUGAUAUCGGAAAUCUUCAAGCCUUACGCACGCUUUCAUUCGUUUGCCCUUGUAACCCGGUGAACUUUGUGGGACAGCUCAGAAGAUUAACCAAUCUAAGGAUCCUUGGAAUCCAACUGCAUUGCAGUUGCAGAGAUAAACUUGGUGAUCAUGACAUGGAGAGGUACCAGGAGUCUUUAGAGUCAUCUCUCACUCUGUUGGCCAAACACGAGCUGAAGUCACUGGAGAUUGACUUUGGAGAUUACCCAGCAGCAGAUAAACUGAUGGAUUCAAUAUGCAGUGAUGCUCGAUGUCUUCAGAAGCUCAUAUGCUGUCCUUCUCUUAGUAGACUUCCGCAAAGGGUGUCAUCUCUUGUUAGUCUUGCCCACCUUGGCAUUGGUGUCACUAAAAUUAAACAGGAAGAGCUCUGCAUACUCGGAGGCAUUCCCUCACUGCUUUACGUCAGUCUGAUUUCAAGUGAAGCCCCUGGUGACAGGCUCACCAUCGGCAGCCAACUAUUCUGUUGCCUGAAGGAGUUUGUUUUCCGGACCAAAGGGAUUGGUGGGCUGAGGAUGGUUUGUGAAAGGGAAGCGAUGCCAAUGCUCAAAAGAUUUAAUCUCGAGUUCAACUUGGCUCUACAUGCCGCCGUAGACGUAGGCAAGUUGGGUUUUUCGGUCACCUAUUUGCUUUCUGAGGGUAUGAGCCUUUGCAGCUCAGCUUGCUCGUCAAAGGUGACUUCGAUAUCGUCCUCAAAUAGUGGAAGAUCUUUGGCUGCUUCUCUUUUCAAUUCGGAGCAGGGGCGGAUCCACUACUGA